AUGGCUGAGGAUGGUCCUGUGUCCGUCAAACUGGUCCUUGUCGGUGAUGGGGGUACAGGUAAAACAACAUUUGUGAAGCGUCAUCUGACGGGAGAGUUUGAAAAAAAAUAUGUCGCAACAUUGGGUGUUGAAGUUCAUCCUUUAUCUUUCCAUACUAAUCGUGGAGAAAUUCAGUUUAAUGUUUGGGAUACAGCUGGCCAAGAAAAAUUUGGUGGCCUCCGUGAUGGCUAUUAUAUUCAGGGCCAAUGUGCCAUCAUUAUGUUUGACGUUACCAGCCGUGUUACUUACAAAAACGUGCCCAACUGGCAUCGUGAUCUUGUUCGCGUUUGCGAAAAUAUUCCUAUUGUUCUUUGUGGCAACAAAGUGGAUAUCAAGGAUCGGAAGGUUAAGGCUAAGACCAUUACUUUCCACAGGAAAAAGAACCUUCAGUACUACGACAUUUCAGCGAAGUCCAACUACAAUUUCGAGAAGCCUUUUCUCUGGCUUGCUCGGAAACUGUAUGGUGAUCCGAAUCUCGAGUUUGUAGCCAUGCCUGCUCUUCAACCUCCGGACAUUCAAAUGGACCAGAAUUUGGCUCAGGCUUACGAAUUGGAACUUCAAAUGGCUGCCCAGGCUCCCUUGCCAGAUGAAGGAGACGAAGAUCUCUGA